UCUACUUCCUGUUUCAUGAGCUGGUGUGCGAAUUCAAACGUCCUGUUUGACUGUCGCACUUAAUUCUACUUCCUGUUUUGCUAUCUUGGGAAUUCCACAUCCCAUUUUGCUUUCAUGCGACUGAGUUCCACUUCCUGUUUUGCGAUCACAGCAGAUAUUCAGUGAAAAAUGGUUGGCGGCGCACCAAGAGACAAGUUUCGUGCGGUGUGGUUGGUGUUCUUCAUUCUGGGUUUAGGAACGCUGCUGCCGUGGAACUUUUUCAUGACGGCCACCGUGUACUUCACCGGCCGUCUGAGGGAGUCGAGGAGCAACGGGACGGCGGAGGGGGCGGAGUCCGUGCGCGGUGUCCUGGAGGCCAAGUUCAACAAUGUCAUGACUUUGUGCGCCAUGUUGCCUCUCCUCCUUUUCACCUGCCUCAACUCUUUCCUGCACUCGCGGGUUCCCGAGCGCGUUCGCGUGGCGGGCAGCCUAGCGUUCAUCCUGGCCGUCUUCCUGCUGACGGCCGUCCUGGUCAAAGUCUCGCUGGAGCCGGCUCCGUUCUUCGCCGUCACCGCCGUCAGCGUGGUGGUCAUCAACUCCUUUGGCGCCGUGCUGCAGGGGAGUCUCUUCGGGAUGGCGGGCACCUUCCCCGCCGCCUACACCGCGCCCAUCAUGAGCGGCCAAGGACUGGCCGGGACCUUCGCCGCCUUGGCCAUGAUCUGCGCCCUCGCCAGCGGUUCGGAAGUGGAAGAGUCAUCUUUCGGUUACUUCAUCAGUGCCUGCGUGGUCAUUUUGGCCUCCCUGGCGUCGUAUGCCGUUUUGCCAAAACUAGAGUUUUUCCAGUUCUAUCAUGAGAAGAAGGAAGAAUGUGACGAUGUCCAGGUGAAGCUGUCCCGUCCAGAAAGUGCGGAGGAGAAGGAGGAGGGCUCCAAGGGGCGCGGCCACGUCUCCGUGGUGAGCGUUUUCAAGAAGAUAUGGGUGCUGGCGGCGUGCGUGUGCACCACUUUCACCAUCACCAUCGGAGUCUUCCCCGCCGUGGCGGCCGACACCAAGAGUACGCGGGCGGCGGGAGGGACCUGGGGCGGGUUCUUCCAGAAGAGGCGGAGACGGCGGGCUCCGUUAUGGCCUUCUUCCUGUCUCUGGGUCUGGCUUCGGGCGCGGCGCUUUCCUUUGUCUUCCGAGCUCUCGUUUGAGUGAGCGACACAAGUAUUGUUGAGGAUGGGUUGUCCUCCCAAACAGCAGGGGCGCUGUGGCUUUUUUUGGCAUAGAUUCCUACCUACAUCUACUACCUCAGAUCUCAAACAUUUUCACGGUUGGACAAACUGACACUGAACAUUGAUUUUUUUUAUUUUCUUCCCAAAGUUUAAAAAUAAAUGUUUCAAACAUUUGGAUGGAUGGAUGUUUUUGGAGACUUUACGUAACAAUCAUGAGCUAACAGUUAAAGUGAGCUUUACGGUGAGGCCGGUUAGAGGUCGUGACUCUCGGGCGGUCUGGUCCUGGCUCGGGCGUGGACCUCGCAGUACAAGUCGCCCUCCACAAAGAAGUAACCUUUCUGCUUCAGGUUGACGUCACAGUCGGCACACACGAAGCAAAUCGGGUGCCGCAACUUGUCACGUGCCUUCACCACGGUACCGCUGAAAGAAGGAGGGGGAAAAAAAUCACAA